GGGUGCACAAUUUGCCUAAACCACUGCAAAUCUACAAAUAAAUCUGCAUAUUUCUUCUAAAAAUCCCGAGAAAAAGAAGAAGAAAAAAUCGUCCAGAAGGUCGGAGAGGCAUCGAGAAACUGGAAAAGAUUGAAUCUUGGAUUGCAAUUUCAUCAAUGAACUUGUUGUAAUCAACGUGGAUUUCAUCAAAAGGUCAAGAAUGGGCAGAAACUGGACCCCUUUCGGAUUCGGGCUAUGGGCGGUUAUCGUUUUGGUUCUAUUUUCCGGGCACUCAGUUUCUGCAGCUAACAGUAGGCCCAAAAAUGUGCAGGUGGCUCUAAGAGCCAAGUGGCCUGGCACCUCCAUACUUUUGGAAGCUGGGGAAUUGCUAUCCAAGGAAUGGAAAGGUCUUUAUUGGGACUUCAUUGACACGUGGAUUGGUUUAGCUGAAGGAGAUUAUGAGUGUAAAUCAGCCCAAGAUUGUGUAAAGAAGAUGGUUGAAUAUGGAAAAUCAUUCCUGAGUGAAUCUCUUGCAUCGGUCUUUGAAUUUUCACUUACACUUCGAUCGGCAUCCCCUAGAAUAGUUCUAUAUCGACAAUUAGCUGAAGAAUCCAUUUCUUCGUUUCCUCUGGUUGAUGAUAAUACCUCAGACUCUACAAUAGUGGAACCUAGAAGUUUUAAGGAGAAAAAGUGUUGUUGGGUUGAUACUGGUGGAUCACUGUUUUUUGAUGUUCCAGAGUUACUAUUAUGGAUUAAUAGCCCAAAAGCAGUAACUGGUGAAACAUUUCAGCAGCCUGAACUAUAUGAAUUUGAUCAUGUACAUCCCGAUUCAAGUAUAGGAAGUCCGACCACUAUAUUGUAUGGAGCCCUUGGGACUGAGUGCUUUAAAAAAUUUCAUCAUAUAUUGGUGAAUGCUGCCAGAGAGGGGAAAGUUUGCUAUGUUGUUAGACCUGUAUUGCCCUCAGGAUGUGAAUCAAAGAGUGGCUCUUGUGGUUUUAUUGGCACAAGAGACUCCGUAAACCUGGGUGGCUAUGGUGUGGAACUUGCAUUGAAAAACAUGGAAUAUAAGGCUAUGGAUGACAGCACAGUGAAAAAAGGGGUCACUCUUGAAGAUCCUCAAACUGAAGAUCUUAGCCAAGAAGUCAGAGGAUUUAUAUUUUCGAGAAUUCUGGAACGCAAACCAGAGUUAAAAUCCGAUAUCAUGGCUUUCAGGGACUACCUUUUAUCAUCAACAGUUUCCGAUACACUUGAUGUCUGGGAACUAAAAGAUUUGGGACACCAAACAGCCCAGAGAAUAAUUCAUGCCGCUGAUCCUUUACUGGCAAUGCAAGGAAUUAAUCAAAAUUUUCCUAGCGUGGUCUCUUCUUUGUCGCGAAUGAAGCUCAAUGAGUCCAUCAAGGAUGAAAUUAUUGAAAACCAGCGAAUGAUUCCUCCCGGGAAGUCACUAAUGGCCCUAAAUGGUGCUUUAAUCAAUAUUGAAGAUAUUGACCUCUAUUUGCUGAUUGAAAUUGUUCAUUGCGAGUUAUCAUUAGCUGACCAAUAUUCAGAAUUGAAGAUUCCUCCAACAACUAUAAAGAGGCUUCUUUCUACACUCCCCCCAUCUGAUGGAAACUCACUUCGCAUUGAUUUUCGCUCUCACCAUGUUCAUUAUGUGAAUGAUUUGGAGGUUGAUGUGAUGUAUCGGCGUUGGCGAAGUAACAUUAAUGAGAUUCUGAUGCCUGUCUUCCCCGGACAAAUGCGUUACAUCAGGAAAAACAUAUUCCAUGCUGUUUAUGUACUAGAUCCUGCCUCCAUUCAUGGACUUGAGACAAUUGACAUGAUUAUUUCUCUGUAUGAGAAUCAUUUGCCUAUACGGUUUGGUGUUAUACUGUACUCUGCAAAGUUUAUCAAUCAGAUUGAAUCAAAUGAGGGUGAACUUCUCUUUCCUCAAAAGAAAGAAGAUAGUCAAGUUCAAGAGGAUAUUUCCAAUCUGAUCAUUAGACUUUUCAUCUAUUUGAAGGAAAAUCAUGGAAAUGCAAUGGCUUUCAAGUUUUUGAGCAAUGUUAACAAAUUGCGAAUAGAGUCGAGUGCUGAAGAUGCUCCUGAAAUGCACCAUGUUGAGGGGGCAUUUGUUGAAACUGUUCUACCACAAGCAAAGUCACCACCUCAGGAUACUUUGCUGAAACUUGAAAAGGAGCAUACUUUCAAAGAAGCUGCAGAGGAAAGUUCCUUGUUUGUCCAUAAGCUCGGGUUGUCUAAGCUUCAGUGUUCUCUUCUGAUGAAUGGCCUCGUCAAUGAUCCGAGUGAGGAUGCUCUUAUGAAUGCCAUGAAUGAAGAGCUUCCCAGAGUACAGGAACAAGUCUACUAUGGACAGAUAACUUCUCACACAGAUAUUCUAGAUAAGUUCCUAUCAGAAGGUGGUGUUCAGCGCUAUAAUCCUCUGAUAAUAUCUGAUGGGAAGGCCAAACCAAGGUUUGUAUCUCUCUCUGCAGCACUUCUUGAAAAGGAAUCAAUUUUAAACGACAUCAGCUACUUGCACACUCCAGAAACCAUUGAUGAUUUAAAGCCCGUGACUCAUCUCAUUGCUGUCAAUAUCUCAUCGAAGAAAGGGAUAAAAUUGCUUCGCGAAGGAAUCCAUUAUCUGAUGGAAGGUACUAGAAAUGCACGCCUUGGUGUGCUAUUUAGUGAUGUUCAGGAUACUCAUUGGCCAAGCAUUCUUUUUAUCAAAAUCUUCAAAAUUACUGCCUCAUCAUACAGCCACAAAAAGAAAGUGUUGGAGUUUCUGGAUCAACUUUGCUUGUUCUAUGAGCGUGAACACAUGCAAUUACUCACUCCACCUACUGAAGACAAUCGAUUGUUUAUCAAUAAGGUCUUUGAAAUGGCAAAUGAAAAUGGAUUGCCUUCUAAAGGCUAUGAAUCUGCUCUUCCAGGGCUUUCGGAUGACAUGAUUAAGACAUACAUGUCUAAGGUGGCUCGAUUUUUGUUUAGGCAAGUUGGGGUUGAAUCUGGUGGUGGUGUUGUCAUUACAAAUGGAAGGGUGAUUAACCUUGACGAGGGCACCACAUUCUUAAGCCAUGAUUUGCAGCUUCUAGAGUCUAUGGAAUAUAAGCAAAGGAUAAAGCACAUUGUGGACAUUGUAGAAGAGGUGAAAUGGGAAGAUUUGGACCCGGACAUGUUAACGAGUAAAUUCAUCAGUGACAUCAUCUUGUCCAUCUCUUCUUCAAUUUCUUCACGGGAUCGAAGUUCAGAAAGUGCUCGCUUUGAACUUUUGUCUGCAACAUACAGUGCUGUUUUGUUGGAAAAUGAAAAUGCUAGUGUUCAUAUUGAUGCUGUUAUUGAUCCUUUGAGUGCAUCUGGUCAAAAGCUGGCUUCUCUUCUUUAUCUACUGUCAAAAUCCAUUCACCCUAGCAUGAGGCUUGUACUGAAUCCAAUGAGUUCUCUUGUUGAUCUUCCUUUGAAGAAUUACUACAGAUAUGUAGCCCCAACAAUGGAUGAUUUUAGCAGGACAGAUUUCACAGUGUAUGGUCCACAAGCAUUUUUCGCAAAUAUGCCACCAUCAAAGACACUAACUAUGAACCUCGAUGUACCUGAGCCAUGGCUGAUUGAACCUGUCAUUGCUGUCCAUGACCUGGACAAUAUAUUGCUUGAAAACCUUGGUGAUACCAGGACACUCCAAGCAGUUUAUGAACUUGAAGCUCUUGUUCUAACAGGUCAUUGUUCGGAGAAGGAUCAUGAUCCUCCACGAGGUCUUCAACUGAUCCUUGGAACCAAAAGUAGACCUCACCUGGUUGAUACACUGGUCAUGGCCAAUUUGGGUUACUGGCAAAUGAAAGUCUCUCCGGGAGUCUGGUACCUCCAACUAGCUCCCGGCAGAAGCUCAGAGCUUUACUUGAUGAAAAAAGAUGGUGGUGUCCAGGGGUCAAUUUUGUCAAAGCGUAUCACUAUAGACGAUUUGCGAGGUAAACUUGUUCACUUGGAAGUGGUGAAGAAGAAAGGAAAGGAACACGAGAAUUUACUAGUGCCCACUGAUGCAGAUAGCCAUUCUCAAGACAGUAAGAAGGGAAAUCAGAACAGAUGGAAUUCUAAUUUUCUCAAAUGGGCUUCUGGGUUAAUUGGUUCUAGUGAUCAGUCAAAGAAUGAAAGCACCCAAGAGCUGGCAAGAGGUGGUCGCCAUGGAAAAACAAUCAAUAUAUUUUCUGUUGCUUCUGGGCACUUGUAUGAACGGUUCCUAAAAAUUAUGAUUUUGAGUGUCCUGAAGAACACAAACCGGCCCGUUAAGUUUUGGUUCAUAAAGAAUUAUCUUUCACCCCAGUUCAAGGAUGUGAUUCCACACAUGGCACGGGAAUAUGGUUUUGAGUAUGAGUUAAUCACUUACAAAUGGCCAACGUGGUUGCAUAAACAGAAAGAAAAACAAAGAAUCAUAUGGGCAUACAAGAUUCUCUUUCUCGAUGUCAUUUUCCCUCUUGCUCUUGAGAAGGUUAUAUUUGUUGAUGCAGAUCAGAUAGUGAGAACAGACAUGGGAGAACUGUAUGACAUGAACUUGAGAGGGAAACCGCUUGCCUAUACCCCUUUCUGUGACAACAACAAAGAUAUGGAUGGCUAUCGUUUUUGGAAACAAGGCUUCUGGAAGGACCAUUUGAGGGGAAAACCGUAUCAUAUCAGUGCUCUAUAUGUCGUUGACCUGGUCAAGUUCCGAGAGACUGCUGCCGGAGACAACUUGAGAGUGUUCUAUGAGACGCUAAGCAAAGACCCAAACAGUUUAUCUAAUCUGGAUCAGGAUCUUCCCAAUUAUGCCCAGCACACUGUGCCCAUAUUUUCGCUCCCCCAAGAAUGGCUGUGGUGUGAGUCAUGGUGUGGCAACACAACUAAGUCUAGGGCAAAAACUAUCGAUCUCUGCAACAAUCCCAUGACGAAGGAGCCGAAGCUUCAGGGUGCCAAAAGGAUAGUUGCAGAGUGGCCAGAACUUGACUUGGAAGCAAGAAGUUUCACGGCUAAAAUCUUAGGCGAAGAGAUCUCUCAAGAACCGUCUCUUCUACCCGCUAAAACAUCCGAUGACCCGAUAGAAGAUGCAGAAUCAAAGGCAGAACUAUGAAAAGACAUGUUUUUGCAACCUUAAAAAACAACACCAAACAAUUAGAAGCCAAUGACUGACUGCGCACGGUUUCAUUUCUCGUGCUUUUGUUACACAAAUUCGGGAAAACCAUUUUUUGGUCGCGCAAACGAAAUGUGGCGUUACGUAGUGUGCUAGUUUUAGAGGAUAUAGAUCAGAUGGAGUCCUACUGAAUGCUGAGGCUUUUAUAACACACACUUUUAAGUCAAUCUGUACAAUUAACUUUGUUAUCUUUGAAUUUCUUUCCAUCUGAUUUCUUCAUAUACAAUGUUAGAUUUUACAUCUUUGUCUGAUCCCUUCAAAUUUGCCACCAAUAAUCCGAAAUUUGAGUGCACUUA